CGAUCAAUUGGCGUCAAAUCUUGAGGAAACAGUUAUCAUAAUCAAAGCGAAUCGUCCGCCAGAUUUUGGCCCCGCGAAACCGUUAAAUCUCGCCCCACCGCUGCGGCGGCGACGUCGGGUGCGUUCUAGGGCUUUAUGUAGGUGAAUGAGGAUUAUGUAUUUCCUGAUUCCUUUGGAGAUGUUACGCUCUUUUUCUGAGGAAUUUAAGUAUGAUGAAUCCAUAAAUCGAGUGGUGUGCGUGUGUAUGCACACAUCCACGAGCGUUUUACUGAAGUUAUGUACGUAGACGGGGCUGCUAAUGGAACGAGGAUGUGGAGAGUUAGUGGUGUUUUAUGUGCUCAAUGAAUUAGUAUAUUCAAAGUGCUCACUGAUUAGAUUGUACUGCCUGAGGUCAUGGGAUGGAUGUUCAAAAUAGUUUCGAAAUUAAGAUGGAGCCAUUGACCUACAACGUAAGCGGAAUUCUUGAAAAAGAACUUGAAGAUGAGCUCAUGAAAUUUACAAAGAAGGAUGUGGACAGUAGAGUGGAUGCACUCAUGGUUGAGCAAAUUGAGGGUGCUCGGAGCAACUCUGAUAUGGAGGUCAAUAUUACAGAAUGUACAAAGUCCUUGGGAACUGAGCUGCUUCCUUCGGCAAACCAGGAUACAACUGAGAGCUCUAGUUCAUUUGAAGACACCAGUUUGGGAGUAGAUAAUAUUUCACCCUUCGAUGACUCCGAGGGCAUAUCAGAUCUUCGUGAUGAUGCACCAUUAUCGCCUGAUUUUGGUGGAUCUGAUGACAGGCUUAGAAUGAGGAAGAGGGGGCGGAGCUCCCACUGGAAGAACCUUAUUCAACCUCUUAUGUGGCGCUGUAAGUGGGUAGAAUUGCAAAUUAAAAAGUUGCAGAAUCAAGCCCAACAAUGUGAUCAAGAACUCGAAGCAUACUAUAAGCGAAAGCAGACUCGAUUUGAGAACCAUGUGCCGGAAUGUGGGGUUAAAUCACUUCCAUGGUCUCAAGAGAAUGCUAGAAGUGACAUAAUGAGGAGAAAGAGAAGAAGGAUGACCGAAGCAACUACUGAUGUAGCUGCAUAUAUGUCUCGCCAUAACCUGUUUUCUUAUUAUGAGACUAAGAAUUCCUCUGAGAGCGCUGCCCCAUGCAACAGGAUAAAGAAUCCUGCUAACCUGAAAGUGAACAAUGACGAUGAUUUUCUGGUUAAUGAAGAACUGUUAUCCACCAAACCUGGAGAUGACGGUGCUUCUUUUGAGCAGUUGCUUUACAAGAUUCACUUGUUAAAUUAUAAAGUUAGUAACAUGAAGGACAGAGUCGACAAGGUAGUGACAGAAAAUGCUGGAAGAUUUCCAUGCACCGAUACCCUGCCCCUCACCAUGCCAUUUGAUGAUGCUUCGCCAUCAAAUAAUGGGGAGAGAAUUCCCCUGGGAACCUACAUUGCUUCCCAGCUUUUGUCGGGGUAUAAUAUGGCCGACGCCCUUGCCUCUGACAGUGCAGUUGCAAGUCAUCGAGACACCCCUGAUGUCAAUGGGCACGUAGAGGAUGGAGCUCUUAUUGACAAUCAAAGGGUGAAGGAUGAGAUCAAUAGUUUCUCGGAAGUGAGGCCUAAUGAUAGGCUGGGAAAUAAUGAAGGGGUAAGAGCUUCGGAGGAAGGGACAAGUAGUCAUUCUACUGUUCGUAGCCCCAUGGGGGAUGAGGCCGAUCCCACAUCUCUGCCACCUCAAAAAACACGGUCAAUUGCAAAGCUUGCUGCCACCAAAGGCAAGAAGAAGAAAGGACGAAGAAGAGGCGGCAACCGGUGGAGUCGAAAACCUUCAGGUUAGCUUUGCUUCUUAUGAUCAAUGGGGGCGGGAAAGAUGAGUUAAGCUAAAUUUCUUAGCUUAGAAGAGUAGUUUUUAGUUGGUUAAAUAUUUCUGUUGGAAAACACUUCCUUCCUUCUUCAUCACCCAAUAAAAAGGCUCUCGGAUUGGCACAAUAAACAUUGUGUUUUUUCAAGUAAUUUUUAUUUUAAGAAGAAUGAAAAUAUGUUCUUGAGGUUAUGUUUUAUUGGAAUUGAGUUUUGUAAGUAAAGGUACUUGUAGAAACAUAUUAAAAUGAGUGGAAAAAAGAUGUUUGUUUGGUGAAAAUACAGCACUAAUUUGCCUUUAGUUUU